AUGGGCUGGUUCAGUGACGACUCCGACCAGGCUCAGGCCUACAACACCUACAACGGCCAGGAAGAGCACGAUCCUUCCGCGAUCCACGAGCUGAUCGCCGGUGCCGCUAGCUACGAGGCUGCCAAGGCCUACGAGAACCACGUCGCUGAGAACGGCGAGCCUGAUAGCCACGCAAAGGCCAAGGAGAUCCUCUCUGGAUUUGCUGGUGCCUUUGUCGACCGUGAGGUCGAGACCCGAGGAUUGGACUUCUUUGACAAGGAGAAGGCCAAGUACCAGGCCAGCGAGCAGGUCUACCAGGCGUACGACAACUAUGGAAAUCAGUUUUAG